AAGGCUCUGGUCCUUUAAAGUCUCAGCCCAGCGACUGAAUUUCACAUCCUGCCAUUGACAGUACGAGCAAGACUGAGGGCAAGACAACCAACCGGUGACCAAAGCGAUUUAAAGAACAUUUUCUACUUAUCCUUAACCUAAGUGAAAAAAAAUCGGAAAAUCAUCGAAAAUGGAACGCAAUGGAAAAAUAAUUUGUCUCACACGGGAGGUGACUCCUUUCACUGGAGGCAUGGCCACCAUGUCGCUAGACGACUACUACGAACAGCAUGUGGUGCCAGCGCAAAAGUUCCAACGGCCGGGAUUCGGUCGCAAUCCGACCCGGGCCGAACUGCGCCGCCACUUCCAGCUCACCCACUUCUUCGGUCCGGCCUACCGCGACCAUGCCCAUGCGCAGGCCAACCUGGCCAACCAGCAGCGCGUGGAGGACCUCCACCGCCAGAUCCGUGAGCUGAAGAAGGUCCUGGAGAUGAAGACGAACGCUGACGGGGCCCAGAAGCGCCUGGAAGCCUCUUCCUCUCGAUUCGCCUCGAAUGCUCGGCCUGGCACUUCGGGUGCCAAGGCUGGCAACUCAAAGGCAUCAGCCGGACGCGCAUCCCGCCGCGCACCAGCCCGCCGAUUUGCUCCUUCCCGUGCCCCGGAGACUCCGGCAAAUUCUGCGAAACCCGCCAAGCCGAAGCCAAAACCCAAGACGAAGCCCCAGGCCCCAACGCCCCUCAUACUGAAGAUUGGGGACGAGAUCAUCUACGAUGAGGGCUACAAGUCGGACCCCAUCUGGAUGCCAUCGGAUGCCAACAACUCGGCUUGAACGAGUAGUUGGGCAAUGAAAUUGAAUAACUAUACUCUCUUUUUAUCACUCAAUAAAAUAAACUAUAUUAUGCAAUUUU